GGUUUCGGGGAGAUCACCCCUCAUUCUUCUAAAAACAAAAUGGUCUACUGUUCAAGUGGAUGAGGUGUACUUCAGAAUUCUGUAAAAUUAAAGUACUUUUGUAACAUCUCGGAGUAAAAGAUGUGCUUAAUUGUUAAAGGCCUACUUUGUGAGGACAUGUUGACAGUUUUUAACUAUUUUCCAGUGACUUUUAUGAAAAAUCUUGCAGGUUGUCAUUAACUUGGGAUUGCUGUUUGCUGAGAUGGAAGUGCAGGGCCGCGAGGCGCCCUCAUUGGCGAUGAUACUAGUGAACAGUUUCCAACUUCUGUAUGUGAUGGAUGCACUCUGGAAUGAGACAGCAAUUCUGACCACCAUGGAUAUUGUGCAUGACGGAUUUGGAUUUAUGCUGACGUUUGGAGAUCUGGUCUGGGUACCGUUUGUAUACAGUCUACAGGCUUUCUACCUGGUUAAUCAUCCGAAUGAACUGAGUUGGCCAGUAGCUCUUGCAAUCAUUGCACUCAAUACUGUUGGUUAUAUCAUAUUCCGAGGGGCUAACUCGCAAAAGAAUGCUUUUAGAAGGAAUCCUCAUGAUCCAAAACUGGCACAUUUAAACAUUAUUCCCACAGCAACUGGGAAGAGCCUGAUUGUUUCUGGAUGGUGGGGAUUUGUCCGUCACCCAAACUACCUGGGUGACUUGAUUAUGGCUUUGGCUUGGUCUCUGCCCUGUGGUAAGUAGGAAACUGUUACAUCAAAGAUUUAAUUAAGUUGUAUUGAGGAACCAAAUUGAGAGGUUCAUCAAUCAAGUUGCUAACCUCCUCCUGAAGUUGCUCAGUCCCUGGUUGGAAAUCAAACUAAAGGUUUGAGGGUAGUUAAGUAGAAUGCCAGACAAUUUGUAAAGCAUGUUAGUUGUUCCGAUGCUAUUUUGUAUCAUAGAGAGCAACUCACGUGAAACUUUAACAUUAAUCAUUUAA